GGUAAGGCAAAGUACGCCAUAGACAGCCAAAGCAACAGGCAACGAGUGCAACAAACGAAAAAUUUGGUCACACAGCAAAAUACAAAAGAUUUGAUCAGAAAUGAAGUCUUUCUACUGCUUGGAUGUUAUCAUUUGUUCGACAGUUGUUGUGGUCGCUUUAGCUGGUUUCACCGAGGCGGAAUUGGAACAAAAAAAUCGCCGUACAGCCGGUGGACCCUCCGGUCUAAUAGCCUUCCCGCGUGUCGGACGCAGCGAUCCAAAUUUGGUAAAUAAUUUGCAUGAAGCUGACGUCUCAGCGUUGAGUGAGAGCAUAAUGUAUCCCGCCUCGUUGGAAGACUAUGAAGUUGAAUAUCCAAAAAGCGAAAUGAAGCGCGCCAGUUUGAUUGCCUUCCCACGAGUAGGACGCACCGAUGCGGAGAUACGCAAGUGGGCGCGCAUUAUGGCGCUACAGCAGGCACUGAACAAGGGCGCCGGCCCCAGCGCUACUUCAGGCCUCUGGUUCGGACCUCGUUUGGGUAAACGUAGUGUCGAUGCGCAGCAGCAGCAACAACAGCAAUCGCAGCACAAGUCGACAGCUGGUGGCCAAAAAGAGUUAUACUAAGCGGUGCCAGCUCAAGAAAGCAAAACAAUAACACUAAAAUGUUGACGAAACUCCAAAGCAGCGACCAAGGAAAAUGAUUAUUGUUUUUAAGUAACUCUAAACAGUUACCAAAAUGUAUAGUUAGCGUAGACUUUUUAGAAAAUAAAGCGAAUUUUACGGUAAAAAAAAAACU